AUGAUUCAUCAUCUCUCAUACCCAGCUGGUGAAUCUGUGAACGAUUUCAUCGAUGACAGUUCUUGUUCAGUCAAAUACUCCAGUGUAGACGAUGCAGUGGAUUUGGUACAAACCUUGGGUAGGGGUGCACUUUUGGGCAAAAUGGACAUAAAAUCCGCCUUCAGACUACUACCAGUUUACCCAGGCGAUUUUGAUCAGUUAGGUUUUCAGGUGGACAAUCUAAUUUAUUUUGAUAAAUGCCUUCCCAUGGGGGCCAGUGUUAGCUGUGCUCUAUUUGAGAAAUUUUCUACUUUCCUUGAGUGGGCAACUAAACAGGAUAUAGGACAGCCAUCAGCAUCCUUGUUACACUACCUUGAUGAUUUUUUAUUUGGGGGGGAGAAGGAUACAUCUCAGUGUAUUGAGUAUAUGAUGGCAUUUCAAAAAAUUUGUAAGUUGCUUGGAGUUCCUCUCGCUGACAAUAAAACAGUGGGUCCAUGUAAUGUCCUGACAUUCCUGGGGGUAGAAUUUGAUACAAACGAUAUGAUAAUUAGGCUUCCUUUGGAUAAACUAUUAGAUCUGAAAGAAAAGAUCUUAGGCAUUUUAUCACUUAAAAAGAUUACACUCGAAAAACUCCAGUCGUUGAUUGGCUCACUUCAUUUUGCAUGCCGUGUUGUUAGGCCAGGCCGAGCAUUUUGUAGAAGGCUUAUUGAUGCUACCAGAGGAAUUAAGCAACCUAAACACAAGAUCAGGGUUACCUGUAACAUGAGAGCAGAUCUACAUUCCUGGCUUGAUUUCCUCGAUGGGUAUAAUGGGGUGACAGUAAUGCCUGACCGACUUUGGACAACAAAUGAAACAUUGGAAUUGUUUACAGACAGUGCGGGUGGGAAGGACAAAGGUUUUGGUAUCUAUUUUAAUAAAAGUUGGGCUUUUGGCCCAUGGCCACAUGAAUGGAGUAACACCCCUAUCCUUAGAAAUAUAACCUUUUUGGAAUUGCUACCAGUGUGUGCCGCUCUGGCUAUUUGGGGUGAUGAGCUUGCUAAUAAAAAAGUCUUAUUCCAUAUUGACAACAAAGCUGUAGUAACUAUAAUAAACAAACAGUCGGCAAAAGACCCUCUAGUUAUGGUGUUAGUCCGUAAGCUUGUGGUAAGUUGUUUAAAAGCUAACAUAUUACUAAAGGCCGAGCAUAUACCUGGGUGUGUAAAUAAAAUUGCUGACUCAAUUUCUCGUCUGCAGUGGGACAAAUUCAGACUUCUGGCCCCAGAGGCAGACCCAUGUCCAGUUCAAAUACCACCCCACGUCUGGCAGAUCUAG